AUGCUGACCAAAGACGAGGCCUCCCCUCUCCCUCUACUUUCUCUCCUCAGACUUUCUUCUUCCCUUUCCCUUCACUUGCGAGAAAAGGAAACGCCAAAAUUCCUUCUUCCUCUCCAAGAUUUCUCUCUUCCUCGGCAACUUUUUGAGUUUUCGAGAAAACUCAGAUUUUCUGAGCAUCUUCUCUGCUGAGACUACUGGUCGUUCCACGUGCUGUUUCCAUGGCAGGCCGUUACGAUAAAAACCCUUUCGACGAAGAAGAAGUGAAUCCCUUCGCUAAAUCUGACACAAACUCAAGGCUUUCGCCUCUUCCUCCUGAACCUGCUGGUUUCAACUAUGGCCAUGAUGCAACAAUUGAUAUACCUAUUGACACAUCGUCGGGGGGACGGAAUUUUAAGGAUUUGCAAAGGAAAGAGAAGGAACUCCAAGCUAAGGAGGCUGAAUUGAGAAGGCGGGAGCAGGAAGUAAAACGGAAAGAAGAUGCUGCUGCACGAGCUGGAAUUGUUCUUGAAGAGAAGAAUUGGCCUCCUUUUUGUCCGAUUAUCCAUCAUGAUAUUGCAAAUGAAGUACCAAUUCAUCUACAAAAAUUGCAGUAUACUGCAUUUUCAACAUUCUUAGGAUUGGUUCUGUGCCUUACUUGGAACAUUAUUGCUGUCACUACGGCAUGGAUUCAGGGAGAAGGGGUAAAAAUUUGGUUCCUAGCCAUUAUCUAUUUCAUAGCAGGGGUUCCAGGAGCCUAUGUGUUGUGGUAUCGGCCUCUUUAUCGUGCUUUUAGGAAAGACAGUGCCAUGAACUUUGGAUGGUUUUUCAUGUUUUAUAUGGUCCACAUUGGCUUCUGCAUAGUAGCUGCGGUUGCUCCACCUAUAUUUUUCAAAGGAAAAUCUUUCACAGGCAUUCUGUCUGCAAUAGACGUUGUGGGCAACCAUCCCUUGGCUGGGAUCUUCUACUUCGUUGGAUUUGGAAUAUUCUGUCUUGAAAUAGUAGUCAGCAUCUGGGUUAUUCAGCAAGUUUACAUGUAUUUCCGAGGCAGUGGUAGAGCUAGUCAGAUGAGGCAAGAGGCUGCAAGAGGAGCUGUGAGGGCAGCAUUUUGACACCACCCGUGGCAAAAAGCAAAAGAUGUAUGGACUGUAGAUUACAUAUGCCCUUAGCACAGAAAAUGAGGAUAGAGAUAGAAUGGCUUGAGUUUGCUUGUGUUUUAUAGCUUCCUUUGAGGGCUACCUUUAUUUGUUGUUCAUGUGGUUUAUUGGAGUUGGUUGGUUGGAGGAUUAUGGUAAACAUGAUACACCCAUUUCUGUAUAUGAAUUGAUCCUAUAUGGUUUUAUUUCA